GAUAAAGAAGAGGUCGUCACUGUGGCAUAUGGACUGGAUGAGUCUGCUCAAGAGACUUGGCCAGAAGAUCAACCAAAGCUCACUGAGGAGGAGUUAAAUGAGAGUAUAACAAGGAUCCUGACUGCAACCAACCCACAUGCACCYCAAAAUAUUGUUCGCUACAGCUUCAAGGAACGCUGCUAUAUGCCCAUCGACGUUGUGGACCAGACGGCGYUUCUCUUUGAGAUGGAGAGCAGCAUCGUGCAUCAAGAUUCUGAUGAGGCUCGAAGACUGACAGUCAAGCAGGGACUGACUAAAGAAAACACAACAACUGACGCAGGAACAAAAACAGAUGAGGUUCGCUUGGAAACCCCGGCUACACCUGUGGAGGACGGAGAAAAUGUAGAAGAAGCUGGAGAGGAGGACAGAGCAGACAGUGUGGCCUCCAAAGCUGACAUGACUGAACCAAAACUUAAAAAUCAGUUCAACUUCAUUGAAAUGGCCAGCCAGACUCUAAAUCGUCCUCAGAUGGAUAGAAUYUGCCAGACUGAACCCCUGCAGUACAGCAACUUCUCUGCCACCUGUAAUCAGUGGGUGAUUUAUGACGCGUACACUGAAGAGUUGAAGAAGCGAGAACAACAUAAAGAGGAGCAAGACACAACACAAGCAAAGAAGGAUGAUGACAAAAUCAAAAACAAGAUGGUCGUGGCAGAAACACAAUUACAGACUGAUGGUCUCACUAAAGUGGCCACAGCAGCCAAGAUCCUCGAACGAAUGGUCAACCAAAAUAACCAGGCUGAGAUAUUUCACGAUUUUAAAUACUAUGAGGAUCCCGCUGAUAAGUACAGGGACAAGGAGGGCACUCUGCUGCCUUUGUGGAAGUUCCGAUACGAGGAGGCCAAAGAAUUGACCGUUACUGCCCUCUGCUGGAAUAGCAAAUAUAAGGACCUGUUUGCUGCAGGAAUGGGCUCAUAUGAUUAUGGUAGACAGGCACAAGGCAUGCUGGUCUUCUACACUCUGGAGAACUCCCCUCGCCCUGAGUACAUCUACCCUACGACUUCUGCCGUUCAGUGUCUUGACAUUCAUCACCAGCGCACCCAUUUGGUGGCCGUAGGCUUCUACGAUGGCUCUGUGGCUGUUUACAAUUUGGAAAAGAGGGGAAAGGAGCCUGUUUGCCAAAGUACUGCAAAGACUGGCAAGCACACAGAUCCUGUCUGGCAGCAUAAGCUCAUCUUUACAGACAUCACCAGUCUGCCAAAGAAUAGACCAAGGAGUGGACAGUUAUACAGCAUUACUGGUGGUAGAUCACUCGACUUCCAUAAACAGAUUGACUAUCUGUUCUUGGUUGGCACAGACCUAGGGAAAAUCUACAAGUGCUCCAAAACUCACUCACCUAAGUUCCUGGAGAUCUAUGAUGCCCACACCAUGCCAGUAGAUGCUGUAAAGUGGAACCACUUCCAUCCAAACGUCUUUAUCUCCUGUAGCUUUGACAACACUGUAAAGAUCUGGGACCACACCGUCAGCACUCCAAUUUUGGUCUUUGAUCUGAAAUCACAAGUUGGAGAUGUUGCUUGGGCCCCAUACUCCUCCACUGUCUUUGCUGCUGUGACAAUAGAUGGAAAAGUUCACGUUUUUGACCUCAACGUUGACAAAUAUGAGGCAAUCUGCCAGCAGCAGGUGGUGUCCAAAAAGAAGGCCAAGCUGACUCACAUCGAGUUCAAUCCAGUCCAUCCUAUCYUCAUCGUAGGUGAUGACCGCGGCCGGGUCACCAGCCUGAAGCUCUCUCCAAACCUCCGCAAGAAGCCCGUGGUGAAGAAGGGUCAGAAGCAGGAACAGGAACCAGAAGCGAUGGAGAAGCUUCUCGACCUGCUCAGAGAAUCAGAGUAGAGCCGCGGUCACAACACGGUACAAUCCUUUGUACUCGUUCAGAAAAAACAUAAAACUCAGCAUAAAUGAACAUUUAAAAGAAAAUAAAACUUGCAAUUUCAACCUCAAUUAGAUGUUGAAAUUAUUUUAGGAUUUGAUCAGUCUUUUGUUUUCCCGUGUCAUCCCUGCAUCGUCAGUUCAGUUCCACCUCCUGCCCCGCCCCCUUUCACCUGUUUUUAGUUUCCACAAACACGUCAUGUUUGUUCCUUGUGAGACCCCAUGUUGUUCUGGAUAUAUUUUUGCUGCUACGUCAGCCUGUUAUUCUAAUUAUUAAAAGUCGUUCCCAAGUUA